GCACAAAGCGCUGGGCCGUAGUUAAGCGCGCGAGGCAGACAAAUGGUGGACGCCGUACUGUUCGAGUUUCUACACACGGAGAUGGUGGCGGAGUUGUGGGCACACGAAGCCGACCCCGAUCCCGGGCCCGGGGAACAGAAGAUGAACCUGCUGGUGCUGGAGAGCAUGGGCUUCCGUGUGGGCCAAGCCCUGGGCGAGAGGCUGCCCCGGGAGACGCUGGCCCUCAGGGAGGAGCUGGACGUCCUUAAGUUCCUGUGCAAAGACCUGUGGGUGGCCGUGUUUCAAAAGCAGAUGGACAGCCUCCGCACCAACCACCAGGGGACCUACGUCCUGCAGGACAGCAGCUUCCCCCUGCUCAUCCGGAUGGCCUCGGGCCUGCAGUACGUGGAGGAAGCACCCAAGUUCCUGGCCUUCACCUGCGGCCUCCUCCGAGGCACCCUCAGCACACUGGGCAUCAAGAGCCUGGUCACCGCCUCCGUGGUAGCCCUGCCAGCCUGCAGGUUCCAGGUGGUGGUCCAGAGAUCCUGAGGGGUCCGGGCCCACGGCCCCCGCCGGGUCUCACCCAGGGCUGCCAGGGAACCCCCAGCCCUGGGGAUGGCAAGCAGGGGAGGCGGGGGCAUCUGGGGCAGGGUGGUCCCAGCCACCCUGGGGCCUGGUGUGGAGAGAUCCAGGUCAGGCACAUCACUCACUCAGCAGUGCAGAAGCUCAAUAAAGGUUCUAUCUGGAGA